AGCUCCGGAGUAUAUAUGAAAACGCCUCGUCGUGUCUCGGAGAAAUGCGAACUGUUAUGUCUGACUUUCGGGCGUGAAGCGAUAACUAUGGGGGACAGUUACCAGCACCCCGUUUAUUUCCGGUGCCGGACGCUUCUUGUGGAAAAGAACAGAAAGAAAACUGAGAGCUACUUCCGUGUUCACAGACGGUCCGGCGGGGGAGACUGCGGUCCAUUGACAACAGUGGCUGACAACGUCUACAGCAUCGCGUUCAGAAAUCAGAAAGAUCAACAGGAAGUGUUGAGGAGAUCUAAGCAUGUCGUUGAGCUCACUGACGGUCGCCUGGUGUUGAGUGUCAGGGGCGACCUGUCACAUGACUCCACCGCUGCAGCGCCAGCAGAGAACCAGCAGUCCAUUCCUGAGAUAACUGCCCCACUGAGUGGUAAAGGAGUUGAAGAACAACCAGAAGAACACAAACUUCCUGCGCUGAAGGACUCCCCUGAUGCUGAGGAACUGCUCACCUCUGGUUUUUACUCUGCUGAGCAUUACCAAAAGGAGGAAGAGACUUUAGUGAGAAGAUUAUCUCAAACUGACGCUGUGGGUGAACUUAGUUACUGGAAAGGAGAGGAAGACCAACAGUGUGGUGGUACUCCAGACCAGUCUCAUAAAGAUCUGCAUGAGGCUGCAGCACAGCACUACAAAGAUGAAGUCAGCACAGCGAGGACAGCAGUUGUGGCAGGUACUCUGGUGAAAACAGAGAUGUUAGAUAUAGAGGAUAAGCCAUGUUUAGUUGAGAGUUUGGGAACUUUGCAUUUGGCUGAAAAAACUGCGUUAGCCACUUACAACCUUACUGAUGAUCUUCAGUUGAUGGUGUAUCAGGGAGACAUCACCACGUUUGGGGCUGAUGCCCUGGUGAGCUCUUCCAAUGAGGAUCUGAAUCAUUGUGAAGGCAUUGCUGCUGCUCUGACUCAGGCUGGUGGUCCUGACGUACAGCUUGCAAUUGAUUCUUUAAGGAAACGUAAAGGACAAAUCCCUACGGGUGAAGUUGUAGUGACCAUUGGGGGUAAUUUACCUUGCAGAAGACUGCUGCAUGCUGUUGGACCUGUGGCUGGAAAAGCAGCUGAUAAGGAGAGGGUGUUACUGGAAAGAACUGUUCGGCGUGCUCUGAGUUUGGCGGACUUGAUGAAAUUUAAGUCCAUCGCCAUGCCGUGUAUUGGCUCAGGAGUGUUUGGCAUUCCUGUCGCAGUUUGCUCUGACGCCACUGUGUGUGCUGUCAAGGAUUUCUGUAGUGAGGAUGGAAAGAGUCUUAAGACAAUUUCACUGAUAGAUGACAGAGGAGAGGUGGUGAGGGCCAUGCUAGAAGCAUGUGAUAGGCAUCUUCUGGAGCAAAGUGCUGCCCACCCUACAGAACACAAAGAUUCACUUGAAAGGGAGUUUGAGUCUGAUGGACGAAAUGUAGCCACAGCUGCAGCUCCCAAAGGUCCUGUCCAGGUUGAGAUUGUUCAGGGGACCAUUGAAAGCCAGCAGACAGAUGCAGUGGUAUCUCCCAUGGUCUUCAACGAUCCUCUGUCUACUCGUGUUGGAAACAUUCUCAGUAAAGCAAUUGGUCGUCAUGUGACUCAAAGGGUUAAACAGAAGUCAGAAGAUAAAAUGGGGCCUGGUGACGUCAUACUAGAGGAAAAUUUGACUGGAGUUCCUUUUGGUGCCGUGUUCUUCCUCAGCCUUGUUCAGUGGGAUGCAGAAGACGAUGGAAUCGCGGUUCAGGUUCUCCGACUGGGCAUCAACCAAAUUCUGACUUCCUGUGAGAGCAAAGGGUUGGGCUCUGUAGCCCUACCUGCACUUGGGGCUGGCAUUGCUUUGUGUUUUCCAGUCACUCUGGUAGCCAGGGUUUUACUGGAGGAGAUCUCUAAAUUUGAACAGGAGAGAACCACCAGCGCACCAGUUCGAGUUCUCCUUGUUCUACCAGAUGAAGAGGCUGUAGAGGUCUUCAAAUCUGUCCAAGAAGAUAUAAAGUACAACAGAUGUGCUGAAAAUGAUCUGGAGAGUGAUCGACAUCAGGACUCCAGUCCAACGAGGAUCGUUCUGCUGGGGAAAACUGGAGCUGGGAAAAGCCACCUGGCUAACACCAUUCUGGGGGAGGAAGUUUUUACUUUAUGCCACUCUCCUAACUCAGGCACACAUACAUGUCAAUCAGAGACCAGAACAGUCAGUGGGAGGUGCCUCAAUUUGAUCGACACGCCUGGUUUCUUCGACACCGACAAGUCGAAAGAAGAGUUGAAGCCAGAGAUAAUGCGUUGCCUCACGGAGUGUGCACCUGGACCGCACAUCUUUCUCAUUUUACUUAGAGUUGGCAGAUUCACAAAGCAAGAGCAGCAGGUUAUCAAAGAAAUAUGCGAUCAUUUCUCAGAGGAUGCUCUGAAAUAUGCUGUAAUCGUGUUCACUCACGGCGAGCAGCUCCAAGAAGGGAUGAAAAUCGAAGAGUUUGUCAGUCAGAAUGAGGAUCUGAGUAAUCUGGUGAAGAAGUGCGAAGGUCGGUGCCAUGUCUUUGAUAAUAAACACUGGAACGGAGACAGGCAAGAUGAUUACAGGAACAACCAGGUCCAGUUAGAGGCAUUCCUUCAGACAGUAGACAAGAUGAUGGUGGAAAAAAACGGAUCCUACUACACCAAUGCCGUUCUGAGACACGUAGAAGAAAGGAUCCAGAAGCAAGAGCAGCAGAUUAGAGAUCUGGCAGUGUACUUACCCCCACAGGAGAUCAGGAAGCAGGCUAAAACUUUUGUGUCUAAUGAAUUUCUGAUCAAGUUAGCGGGUACUGCCACCGGUGCUUUGUUGGGGGCAUUUUUUGGAGUGGCAGCAUUAUUGGAAGUUGUAAUGAAAGUUGUGAAAAAUCCCACUGAAGUGAUGAAGCGCGUGAAAAAUCUAACAACGAUGGCACCUGCAGUGGCUGCAGCGGGAAGUGAGGUGGCAGUCGUGGCCACCGGAGUGGUGGCAGGCGUCGCCACAGUAACUGCAGCUGUCGCAGGAGGAGCACGAGGCGGUGUUAUUGGUCAGGAAGCAUCUAAGGGAGCGAAAACUCCGAUGGAGGCAAUUGAGAAGAGUUAUGAGGCUGUUAUGAAAGAAAGAAGUACAUUUAGGAUGCUUCCACAAAAUUAAAGGUGCGUUCCCACCAGCUCUUGUUUAAUCCGACUGUAGUUUAUUUAUCUAGAGCAAGUUUAUCCAAAGUCAGUCCUCGAGGGCCGACAUCCUGCUUCUCUCCCUGGUGGUAGUAACAACCUUCUCAGCAGGUCAGUGUUCUCCUCAGGCCUCUAACGAGCCAUCAUUGGAUCCAGAUGUGUUAAACCAGGGAGAGAACUAAAACAUGCAGGGUGCCGGCCCUCCAGGACCGACUUUGGACACCCCUGAUCCAGAGAGUCUGGUCUGUUUGGGGAGGUGUGAAUGCACAACUGAACUCUGAGGGCCAAAAAAACUCAGUUUGAAAACAAACUCUAAGGUGUGAAAACAACCUAACAUUUGGCAUUGGCAAUCGUAAAUCUUGAAGUUUUGAGUAAUGUUUUUAUUCUUUGCAUUUAUCUUAAACAUUCAGGGUUUUUUGUGCUAUUUCUUGCCCUGUUGAGGCGUUUUGAGUGACUUCUAACCAUGGAAAUUACAGCAUCAAUGUGUAGCUGGCAGGUCUGCAGAAAUGAUCAUGUUAGACCCAGAACAGCAAAGGAAUGUUUCAUAUGAGCUACAUAGCAUCUCGUGGAACCAGAGCUGAUAAGAGAUAACACUAUAUCUUUAGUACAAACACUUGGUUUGUGCUGCUGCAUUUAACAAACUGCCUUUUAUAGGAAUUUAUACUCUUAGCCUGUAUUGGCGAGGUUUCAGCACUAGAGGGCAUCCUCAGUUUUUUUACUUUUUUUAAAUUCCUGCUUUUGUAAUGGUACUUUAUAAAUCCUACAACUGCUUUUUCUAAAUACUCUUCAUUCUAAUUGUUGAUGCACUUUUGGUGAUAGUAUUCCUUGUUUUAACUGGACAUUCUUUUAAAGACGGACAGGGUUUAUUGUCACUGUUACCUUGUUUGAAGAUUUGCAUGUUAUUUCAUUUCUUUGUAAAAAUGACACUUGGUGUGAGUUCUCGCCUAAUUUAUUAGUGGGUCAUUCAAUCUGUUGACUUGGUGUUUUGCACAUUUAUUCUAUGUUUGUUGACUUUGACGACAUAACCUACAGUACAUACUGUACCUUUUAAUGUAUUUGAAUAAAGUUUCUAAAAAAUCAAAGCAUA